AUGGACGCCGCAUCCCUAUUUGAUGUCAAGGGCAAAGUCGUGCUGGUUACGGGUGGCGCUAAAGGAAUUGGUCGCAUGAUCUCUGAAGGCUAUGUUGUCAACGGUGCUACUGUAUACAUCACGGCUCGCGAUAUCAAGACCUGUGAGGCUGUUUGUGAAGAGUUGAAUGCCCUUGGCAAGGGCAAGGCGUACGCGAUAAGGGCAGAUCUAUACAAGGAAGAAGAUUGCAAGAAGCUUGCUGAGGAGUUUGGGAAACGGGAGUCCAAGCUCAACAUACUUGUCAACAACGCCGGUUCUAACUGGGGUGCUCCGUAUGACGAAUACCCAUCCGCUGCAUGGACCCGAGUUCUUACACUAAACCUCCAUCGCGUUUUCGACGUCACACAACUCCUCACCCCUUUCCUCGAGAAGGGUGCAGGCGAAUUGGACCCGGCAAGAGUAAUAAAUAUUGGAAGUGUUGAUGGCCUACGAGUUCCUGCCCUGGAAACGUUUGCAUACAGUGCUAGUAAAGCUGGACUUCAUCAUCUCAGCAGGGUUCUAGCAAACCACCUAGGAAAGAGAAAUAUCACAUCGAAUACUCUUGCAUGCGGGCCGUUCCAGAGCAAGAUGAUGAAGGCAACCCUAGAGAAAUUCCGAGAGUCGAUCGAAGCCGGCAUUCCUCUCGGCCGCAUUGGGACACCACAGGAUAUUGCCGGCGCCUGUCUGUUCUUGAGUAGCCGUGCAGGAGCAUAUAUUAAUGGUUCUACAAUCACGGUAGAUGGUGGAAGCGUCAUUGGGUCGAAGAUCUGA